CUUUUUUUUUUUUUUUUUUUUCUCUAGACCGGCCAUCCUUUCGUCAACAAAAUUCCCUCGCCACGUUGACUCUGACGAUUGUUGCCCAACUCACCGCUCCAAUUUCAUCGGAGCCAGUUGUACAGACACCUUGAGGAAUUUUCCUGGUCCCAAUCAUCUCGUCAUGGCGCCCAAACGCACCCGAGACACUGAUGCAAACCCCGAAUCGCGGAAUCCUGAAGCUCCGGCCAAGAAGAGAAAGGGCUUCUCUGUCGGCCCUGCAAAUCUACCCGAUGGCACCUAUCGUCGAAAGACCCAAAAGAUUAAGUCCGACCUGAUCCAAAAAGCCAAAGUCAAGAAAGCCUACGCCAAAGUCAAGGCUGAAGAGGAAGCCGCCGGUCAACACAAGCCGACCUAUGCGAUCGCCGACGCCGAUGCCGACACUCAGAAGGAACAAGGGGACGAGCAGUCGCCGGAGUCCGCCACCUUAGAGCUUCAUCCGGAUCGACUGGCGAUGUUGAAUGAGCCGGCCCCGGAACCGACUCCCAAACCAGAGCGUUCGCAACCUCGGGACCGCCGACAGAAGAAGCCCAAACGGUCUGCGUUCACCAAAGAGAUGGAAGCCGCCGAAAAGCGUCGACAGGAAGCCGAGAAGCGGAGGGAGGAUCGCGAGUUUAAACAGAAAAACCGAGAGGACAUGUCUCGUGCCAGACGGCCGGAUCAGUUUGGUAAAAGAAGACUGGGUCGGGAAAGCAAGGUGUUAUUAGAUCGCGUGCAAAGAAUGGUUGGCCAGACAUAGAGAUGGCUUACGGUGGAACAAAAGUUUUGUCAAUGAUACCCUAACUUGAUUUCUAUUUUUUUUUUCUCUUUUUUCCCGCCG